AUGGACUUGCAGGGCCAGUGCAGCAUGAAACAUGUUCACACUGGUUAUCGCUACUUCCAGUGGAAUCAGGGGAAACUCCAUCUUGGCAGCCUUUCCCAUGCUGCUCAUCCAUUAGGCUUUUGGGAUCAGGUAGAGGAGCCUGGCCACAACUCCUUCACCUUGUUGCUGGAGGACCUUGCCUGGUCCUCCGAAGAGCUAACUGCAGGGUUUGGUGAGGCUCAACUGGCCUUUGUGUCAAAGCCCAAACACAGAUGCCUAAUCAAAGAGUACCAUCAGUUCCUGGCCUUGAUGUUUGCUGUCAUGGAGGUGAAUAAGGAUCUAGUUCUCCUCCCCAACAUCACCUUCGGCUUCCGCAUCUAUGAAAAUAAGAAGAUGGAGAAGAAUAUUUUCUUAAACAGCCUCUCCCUGCUUUCCACACGGCGCCAAAUGGUUCCAGGUUACAAAUGUGACAGGCAGGAGACUCUGCUCUCUGUCAUUGGAGGUCACAACUCCAAAUCCUCAAGGCAGAUGGCCUCCAUCUUCAGCAUCCUCAAAGUCCCACAGCUUCUUCCCUAUUUGAGGAACGUUCGGUUCAACAACAGUGCUGGAGAUGAAGUCUCCUUCUCAGAAAAUGGCCUGGGAUCUGCUCGUUAUGAUCUUUUCAACUGGGUUCUGCUCCCCAACGAAUCUUUUGUCCCUGUGAAAGUUGGACAAAUAGAUCCCAGGGCUCCCGCAGGACAGGAUUUCACCAUUAACUCUGAUGCAAUUGUCUGGGCAAAAAAGGCAGGAGAGAGGAAAAGAGUUCCAGAGGGCGAACAGGUGUGCUGCUACCAAUGUGACCCUUGUCCAGAAGGGACCAUUUCUAACCAGACAGAUUCUGAAAGCUGUGAUCCCUGCCCAGAAGACCAAUAUCCCAACAAGGACAAGGACCACUGCAUUGCCAAGAAGAUCCACUUCCUUGCCUAUGAAGAUGCCCUGGGAUAUGCUUUAGCUUUGCUCACACUUUCUUUCUCUGCAAUCACAUUGGGAGUCCUGGCAAUUUUCCUUAAACAUCGUGACACACCAAUUGUCAAGGCUAACAAUCGAGAUCUCACCUACAUCCUUCUGGUCUCCCUCCUGCUCUGCUUCCUCUGCUCCUUCCUCUUCAUUGGUCGACCAGGGAAGAUCACCUGUCUCUUCCGACAAACUGCCUUUGCCAUUCUCUUUUCCCUUGCAGUUUCCUCCAUUUUGGCAAAAACUGUCAUGGUGGUUCUGGCCUUCAUGGCUACCAAACCAGGAAACCAAACUAGGAAACUCUUAGGAAAACCACUGACCAACUCCAUUGUUGUAGCCUGUCCCCUGGUCCAAGUAGUUCUUUGUGCCACCUGGCUGGUAACCUCUCCCCCAUUUCCCAAUUUGGAUUUCCAUGCCUUGACUGGGGAGGCCAUUUUGGAAUGUAAUGAAGGCUCAGCUUCAAUGUUUUACGCUGUCCUCUCAUACCUGGGUUUCCUGGCCUUUGUGAGUUUCACAGUAGCUUUCCUGGCUAGGAAAUUGCCCGACAGCUUUAAUGAAGCCAAGUUCAUUACUUUUAGCAUGCUGGUCUUUUGCAGUGUUUGGAUCUCCUUCCUCCCCACCUACCUGAGCACCAAAGGGAAGUCCAUGGUGGUUGUGGAGAUCUUCUCCAUCUUGGCCUCUGGGGCUGGUCUCUUGGCUUGCAUCUUUUCCCCUAAAUGCUUCAUUAUCCUAUUCAGACCCCAUCUUAACUGUUAUCGCUACUUCCAGUGGAAUCAGGGGAAACUCCAUCUUGGCAGCCUUUCCCAUGCUGCUCAUCCAUUAGGCUUUUGGGAUCAGAGCUUCCUGGGGAAGAACUGCUUCAGUGUGGCCUCAGAUUUUUCUCCGUUCCUGACGUCACCAUGCUACAACUCUCUUGGAAGUGCCCCUAUAGGCUGCAUUCAUAAUGUGAAGGUUAAGGAGAGUUGGUUUAAUGGCAACAAUCUUACUAGUGAACCCAACAAAAGGAGUCCUUAA